UAUGGGAUGGAUGUAUCCAAGAAAAACAAACGAGAAGGCACGGAAGUCACUGAAAGACUUAUCACUGAAACAGUGACUACAAGACUUACUUCCUUACCACCAAAGGGGGGCACCGGCAAUGGCUAUGCUAAAACAGGCUCUCUCGGUGGAGGGAGCCGGAUGGAGAAGCAAAGCCUGAUUCAUGGCAGCAGCAGCUACAUAAACUCAAGUGGAAGCCUCCGAGGCAGCACCUCCACCUCCAGUUACAGGAGGGCCCACUCGCCCGCCUCCACUCUGCCCAACUCACCAGGCUCCACCUUCGAGAGGAAAAGUCACGGGACCCGCCAUGGAACGUAUGAAGGGAGCUCCAGCGGCAACUCCUCCCCUGAGUACCCCCGGAAGGAAUUCGCAUCUUCUUCAACCAGAGGACGGAGCCAAACACGAGAGAGUGAAAUUCGAGUUCGACUGCAGAGUGCAUCCCCAUCUACCAGAUGGACGGAAUUGGAUGAUGUUAAGCGACUGCUCAAGGGCAGCCGGUCCGCAAGCGCGAGCCCCACCCGGAAUUCCUCCAACACACUCCCCAUCCCCAAGAAAGGCACCGUGGAGACCAAGACGGUGACAGCCAGCUCCCAGUCAGUGUCAGGCGCCUACGACACUACCAUCCUGGACGCCAACCUCCCCUCCCACAUGUGGUCCUCCACGCUGCCUGCGGGGUCCUCCAUGGGGACAUACCACAACAACAUGACCACGCAGAGCUCUUCCCUCCUCAACACCAACGCCUACUCGGCUGGAUCAGUCUUUGGAGUUCCAAAUAACAUGGCAUCCUGCUCGUCCACCCUGCACCCCGGACUCAGCACCUGCUCCUCAGUGUUUGGCAUGCAGAACAACCUGGCCCCCAGCUCGUCCACCCUGUCCCACGGCACGGCCACCACCUCCACAGCGUAUGCUGUGAAGAAAAACCUGCCCCAGAGCCCUGCCGUUGCAAGCUCUGCUGUGUCAACCUCGGCAGCCUGCACCACAAGGGUCCAGAGUGAUGAGCAGUUGCACAAGGAUUGCAAGUUCCUGAUCCUGGAGAAGGACAACGUGCCUGCCAAGAAGGAGAUGGAGCUGCUGAUCAUGACCAAGGACAGCGGCAAGGUCUUCACCGCCUCCCCCGCCAGCGUCGCUGCAACUUCCUUUUCAGAUGACACCCUGAAAAAAGAAAAGCAGGCCGCCUACACUGCUGACGCCUCCCUGAAGGCUGAAGCUAACGGAGACCUCAAGACCAUGUCCGCCAAGGGCAAGGCCGGCUCCGCAGAAAUCCACGGCUAUGACCACGGCGGCGGCGGCGGCGGCCGAGGUGGUGGCGGCGGCGUCGGGGGCGGCGGCGGGGGCCCGUGGGGCGCGGCACCGGCUUGGUGCCCGUGUGGCUCCUGCUGCAGCUGGUGGAAAUGGUUGCUGGGCCUGCUGCUCACCUGGCUGCUGCUCCUGGGGCUGCUCUUUGGCCUCAUUGCUCUGGGCGAGGAGGUGAGGAAGCUGAGAGCCCGCGUGGAUGAGCUGGAGAGGAUGCGGGGCGGCGUGAUGUACCACGAGGACACGCUGGGGAAGAGCAGCAAGGACCGCCUGCAGGCGGCGCCCGGCGUAGGGGCAGGAGUGGGCAAGGCCGGGCUGGACGGCCCCAGCCAGGAGGCGCUCUGGCUGUUCGUGCGGGAGAGGCUGAUGACGGAGCAGGAGAACGGAAACCUCCGGGGAAAUCCUGGCCCUAAAGGUGACAUGGGAAGUCAAGGCCCUAAAGGAGACCGUGGGCUCCCUGGGACUCCAGGCAUCCCCGGACCCUUGGGCCUCCGUGGCCCGGAAGGACCAAAGGGGCAAAAAGGCAGCGUGGGAGAUCCUGGCAUGGAAGGACCCAUGGGCCAGAGAGGGCGAGAAGGCCCCAUGGGACCUCGUGGUGAACCAGGGCCGCCUGGGUUUGGAGAGAAAGGGGAGAGAGGUGCUGCUGGUGAACCAGGUCCUCACGGGCCCCCCGGUGUCCCGGGUUCUGUGGGUCCCAAAGGUUCCAGUGGCUCUCCUGGCCCUCAGGGGCCCCCAGGUGCCAUAGGUCUCCAAGGGCUCCGAGGUGAAGUGGGACUCCCUGGUGUCAAAGGUGACAGAGGCUCCAUGGGACCUCCAGGCCCCAAAGGUGACCAGGGCGAGAAGGGACCACGAGGCCUCACAGGCGAGCCCGGUGUGAGAGGUUUGCCUGGGGCCGUGGGCGAGCCUGGGGCUAAAGGAGCCAUGGGUCCCGCUGGCCCCGACGGACACCAAGGCCCGCGAGGUGAGCAAGGCCUGACAGGGAUGCCGGGAACCCGCGGCCCACCAGGACCUUCGGGAGACCCAGGAAAGCCAGGUGUCACAGGACCCCAGGGACCUCAGGGCCUCCCAGGUACCCCCGGCCGGCCAGGGACUAAAGGUGAACCUGGCACUCCGGGCAGGAUUGUGACUUCAGGGGGAUCAUCGACCAUCACUGUCCCGGGCCCCCCCGGACCUCCUGGCGCCAUGGGCCCCCCGGGACCUCCAGGUUCUCCAGGCCCUACAGGUCCCGCUGGCAUCCCUGGACAGCAAGAAGGCCUGGAUUUACGAGGUCCCCCAGGCCCACCUGGACCACGUGGGCCACCAGGACCUUCCAUCCCUGGCCCACCCGGCCCCCGAGGCCCUCCAGGGGAAGGCGUGCCAGGCCCCCCGGGCCCCCCAGGAUCCUUCCUGGCCAACUCAGAAACCAUCUUCUCUGGGCCCCCCGGACCCCCUGGCCCCCCCGGCCCCAAGGGAGACCAAGGUCCCCCAGGCCCCCGAGGACACUCAGGUAAGGCAUAGCUGCCGGGCAGCCCCAGCACGUCCAAUUCUCUCGGAGUCGAUCUACAGGGACCGCCAGGCCCACCUGGCCCGCAGGGACCCAAAGGUGACAAAGGUGAUCCUGGCAUUCCCGGUGGGCCCUCCAGAGGGGGAUCGUCGAGCACCAUGUACAUGCAGGGCCCACCCGGCCCACCAGGGCCCCCGGGACCCCCAGGCUCCGUCAGCAGCUCCAGCCGUGAGAUUCAGCAGUACCUGUCUGAGUACCUGCAGAGUGACAGCGUCAGGUCUUACCUGUCUGGAGUCCAGGGUCCCCCUGGCCCCCCGGGUCCCCCAGGGCCCGUCACCACCAUCACGGGCGAGACCUUCGACUAUUCGGAGCUGGCGAGCCUCGUUGUGAGCCACCUGAAGACUUCUGGGUACAGCCUCAGCUCGGCCUCGGCCUCCAUCUCAUCUGAAGACAUCCUGGCGGUGCUGCAGCGGGACGAUGUGCGUCAGUACCUCCGGCAGUUCCUGACGGGCCCUCGGGGUCCCCCGGGGCCUCCAGGCACCAGCACCGAUGGGUCCCUGCUGUCACUGGACUACGCAGAGCUGAGCAACCGCAUUCUCAGCUACAUGGCCAGCUCCGGAAUCAGCAUUGGGCUUCCUGGGCCCCCUGGCCCCCCAGGCCUGCCAGGAACAUCCUAUGAGGAGCUCCUCUCCCUGCUCCGAGGGUCUGAAUUCAGAGGCAUCGUUGGACCCCCAGGCCCCCCAGGGCCUCCAGGGAUCCCAGGCAAUGUGUGGUCCAGCAUCAGCGUGGAGGACCUCUCGUCUUACUUGCACACUGCUGGCUUUUCCUCCAUCCCAGGCCCUCCUGGUCCUCCUGGGCCCCCAGGUCCUCGUGGGCCCCCUGGGGUCUCGGCAGCUCUAGCAACCUAUGCAGCUGAAAACAGCGACAACUUCCGGAGUGAGCUGAUCAGCUACCUCACAAGUCCUGAUGUGCGCAGCUUCAUCGUGGGCCCCCCAGGCCCUCCGGGGCCCCAGGGACCCCCUGGAGACAGCCGCCUGCUGCCACUGGAUGACGCCUACAGCAGGAGCAGCAGCUCCUCCUCACGCAGCUCAUCUGCCCGCCGGAGCUCCUCCUACAGUUCAACGGGGGGCUCCUUGGGCGAAGGGGGAGCCUUUGGUGCAGGAGACGGGGGCCCCUAUGGCACUGACAUUGGCCCAGGCGGAGACCUUGGGGCAGCAGGGGGCGGCGCGUACGGCAGCAAUGGAGGAUCAUUCCGGAACGGCUUUGCUGGAGAUCUGGAUUACAACGAGCUGGCUGUUCGGGUGUCGGAGAGCUUGCAGCGUCAGGGCCUGCUACAAGGGAUGGCCUACACUGUCCAGGGCCCACCAGGCCAGCCCGGGCCCCAGGGGCCCCCUGGCAUCAGCAAGGUCUUCUCUGCCUACAGCAACGUGACUGAGGACCUCAUGGACUUCUUCCGAACUUAUGGAACCAUUCCAGGACCCCCUGGGCAGAAAGGGGAGGUGGGCAUCCCAGGACCCAAAGGUGACAGAGGCUCUGCUGGACCAAGAGGUCUUCCUGGGCCACCUGGCCCUCGAGGGCACAAGGGAGAAAAAGGAGACAAAGGUGACCAAGUCUACGUUGGGCGGAGAAAGAGAAGUAUCGCCACCAAGCCGUGAGCUAACCUUGGCGGAACAAGCCCCUGGACCGGUUCUUACAAUGCUUAUGGGCACUUACAUCAAAUUCUCUCAAGCAUGAAAGCUGGAGCCUGCCGAUGUCCUACUGACAGCAUGGCCAAAACAGUCCACCAGCAACACACCUGUUUUAGUCUGAACAAGAUAUAUGCAUACAUAUAGCAUUCAAAGACGAUCUGAAAGCCUCAUGGGCAGACGUUAACAGUAGGUGCAACGUUUUAGAACGAGAGUGACUUCUCUCUGCUCGCUAGCUCUGUGCUCUUUGACUUCUUUAAUACUUAGUUCAAGCCCCAAGCUAGGAAGCCCAGUUCACACAAGUUGGUUCAGGACUCUUGGAGCUUUGCCUAAAACUGAGUCCAGGAAACAGAACACGGGACGGGGUGCCUUCUGCGAGGUGACGCUGGGCAGGUGCGUCCCGGUUAUUGCCGCGAGCUGCACUGGCAGCUCCUUCCUCCGCCGUUCCCUCUGCAGUCUUACGUCACGUCACAGAAAAGUUAGCUAAGAUGUGGUGCUUGCAACUGCCAAAAUUAAGAAAUUCACUUCCCUAUAGGAGGUGACGGGGUUUCUCAGUUAUAUUACACAUGUAUGACACAGUCCGACUGGCUUAGAGUCUGACUGCAGCUAUAAUCUGUAUACACAGGUCCACGCUAGAGUUCAGAGAGAGGCUGUAUUGAACUAGAUGUGGCAAGUAGGAAAGUGUGGGCAAUGAGCAAGGAAUAGAGGGAGAGGAGGGGAAAGAGGUUCCCUGACACUGGGGAGAGGGGGCUUCCACUUGAGACGUCACCCUCUGUUCUGCACUUAGGACACGGCGUGGAGGACUGGGUGCAGUUGGCUUUUAAGCACUUUUCAAUGUCUAAAAACAUAUGUAUGUGGUCUAUGAGAAGAAAAGUCA